CCUAUUCUUACCUUCACUCUUAAAAACUUAGUAGAGCAAAUCCUCUAUUUUUUCCCUAUUAUUGUUCAGUCAGCCAAGGUCAUUUAACAUUUAACACUUAAUAAAAUCUUUAUCGUCAUUCUAAACGUACGGAUUCAUAAACCCCCUGUUCUUCCUCUGUUUCUGUUCUGUUUUUCUUCCUGUGUUUCCCCGCAAAUCCCCUGUUCUUCCUCUGUUUCUGCUCUGUUUUCUUCCUCUGUUUCCCUUAUUAUAGUAACUAGUAAAUUUUUCCGCGUUAAAAAACAAUAUGGCCUCAACUGCCAUUCUCUGUCAAGGGCUGCAAUCUUGCAUGGAGCCACAACUACCUGAACAACAUGUUCUAAUAAACAAAUUGUCCCCUCCGAUGUUAAUCUUUUCCCAGACUAAGUUUAAUAUUUUUUCACAAGAAGCAAAAGCAAAAGGAGUAGAACCGAAUGAAGAGAUUGGUGUUCGUUUCAAUGAAUUGCAAAGCCAGCAUGGCAACGAUAACAAGGGUGGAUGGAGUUUCUUACGGUCUCUAGAUAACGCAAAAAAAGAUAAUGCAGAAAAUGAAGUCUAUAUUCACCCUUUAACGAAGCGCUCUUCUUCCACCCUUAGCCCCAAAAGCUUGGAGAUGUGCACAGAGAACUUAGGAAGCGAAACAGGCAGUGACAUUAGCGAAAGCAUAGAGGAAAACUAUUUUUUCUUGUCAGAAAGACAGAAUUCUCAUGAUGUUCGACGAUCAAAACGUCGAGAAUUCAUUCAAAAACACAACAAAACAGCUACUUUUCCUCCUCCCCUGACUUCACUAAAUGGUGUUCAAGUGAGGCCUUAUCGUGAAGGCGGUCGCUUAAUUUUGAAAGCCACAACCAUCACUUCAUGCAAAUCUUGCUUCCAUACAGAACGUGCCGAUGGCAGACUUAGACUUUCUUUGAUGAAUGAUGGUAUUAACACUCAUAUUCCUGAUAGUUAUGAGCAAGUUGAAACAGAAGCUGAAGCUGAAGCGCAAGUCAAUGAACAUGAAAAUGUAGGAAGUGAAAAAGGGGUAGGAGAGUACGUAAGACCAAGAAAAUGCAAGGAAAGUGGGAACAGAGUUAAAGGGAUACCAAGCUGGGAGCCAUUUUGGGUGGCCAUUUCUUGAAUGCUAAUGUAAUAGUACUUAAUUAGCAAAAUAUGCUUUCAUUUGGAGCUCAAUUUGGUAGUUAGAUCUGUCUCUCUUUCUAGCAUUUCCACAUUCUCGAUCGAUGCUACUAGUCUAUUACGUGCUUUCAUUUUGUUUUUUUGUCAUUUUGUAUUUAUGGUUGUUGGGGAUUGUAUUUUAGACCAUCUAGCUUGAACAACAAAGGU